AUGAUUGAAGCAGCUGAUAUCGUAGCUAUGCUAUCUGAGCAAGUCUCAAAAAGAGAUACUUAUCAACCAAAAGGAAAUAAACGAAUUCAAGAGCUCAUCGAGUAUCUUUAUGAAACUAUCCAAACUUUCUUGUCUACCUCAUCGUUCGAAAUUUACGAUGAAUCUAGACUUGAUCAAAUCGAUUCAUCGGAUGAUUUCUCAGGAAAUGAGUCUCAAGAAAGUGAAGACAAUCAAGGGUUAGAAUCCGAAGAAGAAAUAGAAAAUAAUGAAGAACAAAUGGACUCAACAGAAGAAGAAGAAAAUGAUGAUAAACAACAAACACGCAAAUUUUCUCUUGAUUACAUGAAACAAGUGUUAGAUUAUUAUGAUGAAGUCGACCAGAACGGAAAACGUAAACAUAGCUGGAAAAAUCCCUCAUGGAUCAAAACAAAAAAAGUACACGAAAUCGAUUCAUAUGUUUUUACAAUGUUCAAAGACGCUCGUGAUCAAUCGUUAUGUAUUUAUGAUGCAGAUUUACAACGAUGGGCUAUUGCGAAGGCUCGAGAACAAUCAAUGUAUGAAUUUGUUGCUUCCAAUUUUUGGGUUUAUAAUUUCAAGCACAAACAUAGUAUUGUUUCUCGCAAGAUUUCUAAAGUUAUUAGCAGCCAAUCAAUAAGAAAUGCUGAUGAAAUUGAUAGUACAGCUGAAGACUUUGUCAACGCUGCUCGAGCAGAGAUGAAGAACUAUUCAUCAAGUGAAAUUUUUAAUACAGAUCAAGUUAAUUUGGUGAAAGAAUUUCGAAGCAAUCGCACGCUAACUUUUAAAGGCGAAAAGAUAACAGCUGGUUCAGUAACAUCCAAGAAUGCAAGUACUCACUCUUAUACUAUUCAGCCUCUUAUUAAUAUGGAAGGAAAAGUAGUCGGACCUCUGUUUUUAUGUCUUCAGGAAACUACUGGUCGAAUUAGUGAAGGUAAAUUUUAA